UUACGAUUCCCCCAAGCAGUCCCAGCCAGUCCCAGCCAGUCGAAACACUCUGCGACACUCUGGUGGGGCCAAAGAACUGAAGGCUGCGAUCCUCGAAUUGUGUGCUGCGCCUGUCUCAGACCCGUGAACAAUGGCGCAGCCACGGUACUAUUCAGAAGACGAGAUGGCCGAACGCCAACCGCUUGGCGCUGUAGACCCAUCCCCUCCUCGUCACCGCCAACACCAGCAACCAUACCGGUACCAAGAAGACGCAUACCACUCCCCGCCAUCCCAAUACCAACCCAGAGGUCGCCGCGAUCCGUCCGUCGACAGACUCCGUUCCCAGAGGCGAUACAGCCAAGAGCGCGCAAACGGUGGACGAGCCACUGGACCAUACGCCGCAUCCGGCGCAAUACCGAACGUUUACGGCGACUCGCGGUCUCCACACCGGGGAUCCCCACAGCGAGGGACGGACAGACGUUCCUGGGGUCAAGUAGGCCAAGGGACCUCGUAUCCACCAUCGGUGCAGCGGCCUUCUCCCCAGAACACAAUCACACCAGGUGCAGACAACUUUAGCAACGCUGCUGCGGGAGGCAUGGCUGGGAUCGCCCUAACGGUCGCCGAACAGAACGCAAGAGAGAGCGGGCUCAACGCCAUUCACAGCCAACAACCAUACCAGCAGCAGGGGCACGGGCAAGGUUACGGCGAGAGGGGCAUGCUGCCAAGGGGUGACAACCACCCGGGAGAUAGAAGCUCACAUUCAAGUCUGCAAGGGCUUAACGCAGUGCCCGUCGGGUCGGGGUACGCGACACCAGGACAGCGGACACCGUCGAGGAUAGGCGACAAUAUCUACACGGACGAUCCGUACCAGAACCUCUCGCGCCACCGAGACUCCGGCCUUGGUGUUGUCAACCCACACGACAUCAUAGACGACGGCGACGACGGGCUCGGAUACGCACGGAGGGGACAGCGGACUAGUAUGCUCAGUCUCGGAUCCAGUCGCGGGGGUGCCGCUGCCGCGGGCGGCGCCGGCACCGGCGGCGUCCUAGGAGGGUUAGUUAGCCGAAACGGGAGCGGCGGGAGCAUCAGUAACCAGUAUGCGCCCGUCAACAACGGCGUUAGCGGCGACUCCGCUUCGGGCGGGUCAGGUGGAGGGGGGAUAUACAACGCCGGCCCCGCGGGUGCUGGCGGGGCGAAGGAGUGGCAGGCGGCUGCCGCCUCCAAGGACGCCGCGCGCGGCAAGAAGUGGAAGCUCAUCAUUCUCAUCGCCCUCGCCAUCGCCAUUAUCGCCGGUAUCGUGCUCGGCAUCGUGUUCGGGGUGGUACUGAAGGACAAGGACCUCACCGGCAGCAACAGCGACGGCGCAUCAGGAGGGGACAGUACCGACACCGCCGAAGGUGACACCCAAGCCAACGGUGACCUCAGCGCCGACUCGUCCGAGAUCCAAGCCCUCAUGAACAACCCCGACCUUCGCAAGGUCUUCCCCGGCAUGGAUUACACCCCCCUCAACACGCAAUACCCCGAAUGCGUCCACAACCCGCCGUCGCAGAACAACAUCACGCGCGAUCUCGCCGUCCUGUCCCAGAUGACCAACGUGGUUCGUCUCUACGGCACCGACUGCAACCAGACCCAGAUGCUAGUCCACGCGGUUAACCAGCUCAAGCUCCAAGACAAGGUCAAGAUCUGGCUCGGGGUCUGGCAGGACGGCAACGAGACCACCAACGCCCGCCAGCUGCACCAGAUGUGGGACAUACUGGACGAGUACGGCGACAGCUACUUCAAGGGCGUCAUCGUGGCCAACGAGAUCCUGUUCCGCGAGCAGAUGACCAUCACGGCGCUGGGCACGCUGCUGGAAGACGUGCGGCACAACCUGACGGAGCGCGGGAUGAGCCUGCCCGUGGCGACGAGCGACCUGGGCGACAAGUGGACGUCGGCGCUGGCGGGCCAGAGCGACGCCAUCAUGGCCAACAUCCACCCCUUCUUCGCCGGCACCAAGGCCGAGGAGGGCGCCGACUGGACCAUGUACUUCUGGGGCAACAAGACCAGCACCUUCCUCAAGUCCCAGGACGACAUGAACAUCAUCGCCGAGACGGGCUGGCCCUCCCAGGGCGGCAUGGCCUGCGGCAACGAGUUCGAGACCGACUGCCCCGACAAGGCUGUGGCUGGUAUCGAGGAGAUGAAUACCUUCAUGGAGGACUGGGUCUGCCGCGCCCUGCGGGACGGGACCGAGUAUUUCUGGUUUGAGGCGUUUGAUGAGCCGUGGAAGAUCCGCUUCAACACCGACGGGAAGGAGUGGGAGGACCACUGGGGUCUGAUGACAGUGGAUCGGAAGCUGAAGGAUGGCGUCAAGAUUCCGGAUUGUGGCGGGAAGAGGGUGCCGGAGUAGAGCAAAAUCCGAUGGUCGGGGAGUAGCGUCCCAUCCCAUGGUUAGGGGGGUCGCGGGCGGUGGUGGUGGUAGUUCUUUUUUUGAGAGUUCUGGAGGAGGGCCUGUCUUGUGCUGCGAUCUUUGCUUGGUGUAUAUUUCUGCGGGGAUCGUCCAGGUGUGUCCCGUUGGGCGCAUGUGUUUGAAGGAAAGGGUAUACGAAGUAUAUAGGUAGCGUUUUUUUUGAGGGCUUUGCUGAACGACCGGCGUUGCAACGGCCGAGGUACUUGUAA